AUGGAUGGAGAAGAAGUCAAGGAAGAAGAAGAAGUCAUGGACGGAGAAGAUGUUAUGGAAGGAGAAGAUGGUUUGGAUGGAGAAGAAGUUAGGGAAGGAGAAGAGGUUAGGGAAAGAGAGGAAGCUAAAGAAGGAGAAGAAGUUAAGGAUGGAGAAGAAGUUUGGGAUGGAGAAGAAGUUUGGAAUGGAGAAGAAAUCAAGGAGGAAGAAGAAGCUAAGGAAGGAGAAGAAGUUAUGGAUGGAGAUGGAGAAGAAAUUUGGGAUGUAGAUGAAGUUAAGGAUGGAGAAGAAGUUAGGGAAGGAGAAGAAGUUAAGGAUGGGGCAAUAGUUUGGGAUGGGGAAGAAGUGAAGGAAGGAGAAGAAGUUAGGGAGGAAGAAGAAGAAGAAGUUUUGGAUGGAGAAGAAGUCAAGGAUAAAGAAGAAAUUAUGGAUGGGGAAGAAGUUAAGGAGGGAGAGAUGGUUAUCAUGGAUGGAGAAGAAGUCAAGGAAGGAGAAGAAGUCAAGGAAGGAGAAGAAGUCAUGGACGGAGAAGAUGUUAUGGAAGGAGAAGAUGGUUUGGAUGGAGAAGAAGUUAGGGAAGGAGAAGAAGUUAGGGAAAGAGAGGAAGUUAAAGAAGGAGAAGAAGUUAAGGAUGGAGAAGAAGUUUGGGAUGGAGAAGAUGUUUGGAAUGGAGAAGAAAUCAAGGAGGAAGAAGAAGCUAAGGAAGGAGAAAAAGAUGGAGAAGAAAUUUGGGAUGUAGAUGAAGUUAAGGAAGGAGAAGAAGAAGUAAAGGAUGGAGAAGAAGGUAGGGAAGGAGAAGAAGUUAAGGAUGGGGAAAUAGUUUGGGAUGGGGAAGAAGUGAAGGAAGGAGAAGAAGUUAGGGAGGAAGAAGAAGAAGAAGUUUUGGAUGGAGAAGAAGUCAAGGAUAAAGAAGAAAUUAUGGAUGGGGAAGAAGUUAAGGAGGGAGAGAUGAUUAUCAUGGAUGGAGAAGAAGUCUUCGACGGAGAAGAUGUUAUGGAAGGAGAAGAUGGUUUGGAUGGAGAAGAAGUUAGGGAAGGAGAAGAAGUUAGGGAAAGAGAGGAAGCUAAAGAAGGAGAAGAAGUUAAGGAUGGAGAAGAAGUUUGGGAUGGAGAAGAAGUUUGGAAUCGAGAAGAAAUCAAGGAGGAAGAAGAAGCUAAGGAAGGAGAAGAAGAUGGAGAAGAAAUUUGGGAUGUAGAUGAAGUUAAGGAAGGAGAAGAAGAAGUUAAGAAUGGAGAAGAAGUUAGGGAAGGAGAAGAAGUUAAGGAUGGAGAAAUAGUUUGGGAUGGGGAAGAAGUGAAGGAAGGAGAAGAAGUUAGGGAGGAAGAAGAAGAAGAAGUUUUGGAUGGAGAAGAAGUCAAGGAUAAAGAAGAAAUUAUGGAUGGGGAAGAAGUUAAGGAGGGAGAGAUGAUUAUCAUGGAUGGAGAAAAAGUCAAGGAAGGAGAAGAAAUCAUGGACGGAGAAGAUGUUAUGGAAGGAGAAGAUGGUUUGGAUGGAGAAGAAGUUAGGGAAGGAGAAGAAGUUAGGGAAAGAGAGGAAGUUAAAGAAGGAGAAGAAGUUAAGGAUGGAGAAGAAGUUUGGGAUGGAGAAGAAGUUUGGAAUGAAGAAGAAAUCAAGGAGGAAGAAGAAGCUAACGAAGGAGAAGAAGUUAUGGAUGGAGUGCAAGUUAAGGAUGGAGAAGAAAUUUGGGAUGUAGAUGAAGUUAAGGAAGGAGAAGAAGAAGUUAAGGACGGAGAAGAAGUUAGGGAAGGAGAAGAAGUUAAGGAUGGGGAAAUAGUUUGGGAUGGGGAAGAAGUGAAGGAAGGAGAAGAAGUUAGGGAGGAAGAAGAAGAAGAAGUUUUGGAUGGAGAAGAAGUCAAGGAUAAAGAAGAAGUUAUGGAUGGGGAAGAAGUUAAGGAGGGAGAGAUGAUUAUCAUGGAUGGAGAAAAAGUCAAGGAAGGAGAAGAAGUCAUGGACGGAGAAGAUGUUAUGGAAGGAGAAGGUGGUUUGGAUGGAGAAGAAGUUAGGGAAGGAGAAGAAGUUAGGGAAAGAGAGGAAGUUAAAGAAGGAGAAGAAGUUAAGGAUGGAGAAGAAGUUUGGAAUGAAAAAGAAAUCAAGGAGGAAGAAGAAGCUAACGAAGGAGAAGAAGAUGGAGAAGAAGUUAGGGAAGGAGAAGAAGUUAAGGAUGGGGAAAUAGUUUGGGAUGGGGAAGAAGUGAAGGAAGGAGAAGAAGUUAGGGAGGAAGAAGAAGAAGAAGUUUUGGAUGGAGAAGAAGUCAAGGAUAAAGAAGAAAUUAUGGAUGGGGAAGAAGUUAAGGAGGGAGAGAUGAUUAUCAUGGAUGGAGAAAAAGUCAAGGAAGGAGAAGAAGUCAUGGACGGAGAAGAUGUUAUGGAAGGAGAAGAUGGUUUGGAUGGAGAAGAAGUUAGGGAAGGAGAAGAAGUUAGGGAAAGAGAGGAAGUUAAAGAAGGAGAAGAAGUUAAGGAUGGAGAAGAAGUUUGGGAUGGAGAAGAAGUUUGGAAUGAAGAAGAAAUCAAGGAGGAAGAAGAAGCUAACGAAGGAGAAGAAGUUUGGACAAAACAGAUGUCCCUAGACGUCGGAAUGGACGGCGGCGACAAGGAUAAAGAAGAAAUUAUGGAUGGGGAAGAAGUUAAGGAGGGAGAGAUGAUUAUCAUGGAUGGAGAAGACGUCAAGGAAGGAGAAGAAGUCAUGGACGGAGAAGAUGUUAUGGAAGGAGAAGAAGGUUUGGAUGGAGAAGAAGUUAGGGAAGGAGAAGAAGUUAGGGCAAGAGAGGAAGUUAAAGAAGGAGAAGAAGUUAAGGAUGGAGAAAAGUUUGGGAUGGAGAAGAAAUCAAGGAGGAAGAAGAAACUAAGGAAGGAGAAGAAGUUAUGGAUGGAGUGUAAGUUAAGGAUGGAGAAGAAAUUUGGGAUGUAG